AUGCCAGUGCAGGUCCUGGUGGAUGGAGCCCCAGUCCGGAUCCAGCUGUGGGACACUGCUGGGCAGGAGGACUUUGACUGUUUGCGCUCACUUUGUUACCCUGACACCGACGUCUUCCUUGUCUGCUUCAGCGUGGUAAACCCAAGCUCCUUCCAAAACAUUACGGAGAAAUGGAUUCCUGAGAUACGAACUCACAAUCCCCGGGCGCCGGUGCUGCUGGUGGGGACGCAGGCAGACUUGCGGGACGAUGUCAACGUCCUCAUCAGCCUGGAUCGCUACCAUGUGAAGCCUGUGCCCCGGCCUCAGGCAGAAGGUCUAGCUGACAAAAUCCGGGCUGAAGCCUACCUGGAAUGCUCAGCACUGACCCAGAAGAACCUCAAAGAAGUUUUCGACAUGGCCAUUGUCAGCGGUGUUGAGCACAAAGCACGUCAGGAAAAGAAGAUGACUGCCAAAGGCAUCAAAACUCUCUCCAAGUGCCGCUGGAAGAAGUUCUUCUGCUUUGUCUGA